UACCUAGCUCACCAAAAUUCAUCUAGUGCCGCAUCUGCACCGAUCAAUUGCAAGCUCCCAAUCUCUCAAGGUGCAACCUCCAGCAGAGGGCUGCCGCGUCAAUGGCAAUCGAGAUCGCGAGGGCAGCGUGUGCUCGCCGGCUGCUGCGAUGGCAGCCGGCAUUGACGCGGCUAAACAGCUGGACGAGCCAUUCACGCCAAAGCAACCUCGCCGUCACGUCCCGCCGUUUCUCAACAGAAGCGCCUCCGGCAGCAGCUGAUAAGCCAUACUAUGUCACAACACCCAUCUUCUACGUCAAUGCCGCGCCGCACAUCGGGCACAUGUACUCGAUGGUGCUGGCCGACGUGUUCAAGCGGUGGCAUGUGCUGCGCGGAAACAAGACUUUCCUGUGCACCGGCACCGACGAGCACGGCAUGAAGGUGCAGCAGGCCGCCGCCCGGGCCGAUGUCGACCCCAAGCAGUUCUGCGAUGAGAACGCCAAGAAGUUCGAGGAGCUGGCGCAGCUGUCGCGCGUCGAUUACGACCGCUUCAUCCGCACGACCGACCGCGACCACGUCCAGGCCGUCGAGCACUUCUGGUUCCUGCUCCGCGAGCGGGGGCUCGUCUACGAGGCGAAGCAUGAGGGCUGGUACAGCGUGAGCGACGAGUGCUUCUACCCGGAGUCGCAGGUCGUCAAGCACCAGGACCCUUUCACGGGUGCCGUCUACAUGGCGUCGGCCGAGACCAAGAACAAGGUGGAGUGGGUCGAGGAGAAGAAUUACUGUUUCCGCAUGACGGAGCUCAAGGACAGGCUGCUGGACUUCUACGAGAAGAAUCCCGGGUGGAUCGAGCCGGCCUACCGAAUGAACGAGGUCGUCGACUGGGUCAAGAACCAUCUCGAGGACCUCUCCAUCUCGCGACCCGUCCAGCGCCUUACCUGGGGCAUCCGGACUCCCGACGACCCGACUCAGACGAUCUACGUAUGGGUUGACGCCCUGAUCAACUACCUCACCGCUGCUGGCUAUCCCAAUUGGAUCCCUGGCGAGGCCCACAAGGGUGGCUGGCCCGCCGACCUCCACAUCAUCGGGAAGGACAUCCUCCGGUUCCAUUGCGUCUACUGGCCCGCGCUGCUCAUGGCCCUCGACCUUCCCCUGCCCAGGAAGGUGCUCGUACAUUCGCAUUGGACCUUGAACAGGAAGAAGAUGUCCAAGUCGAUCGGAAACGUUGUCAACCCUCUAUACGCCAUCAACCGGUGGGGUGUCGACACGGCACGUUUCUAUCUGUUGUCCGAAGGCGGCAUAUCGGAUGACGCCGACUAUAGCAACGACACUCUCGUUGUCAAGUAUAAGAAGUAUCUCCAGUCGGGAUUCGGCAACCUACUCGGACGGGUCACGAGGUCGAAGGCGUGGAAUCUUAGCGAAAUCGUCAAGAACAACUUCGACGAAACCAAGAUGGCAUCACGCCCCGAAAUUCCCGAGUCGUUGCAGCCGGCCAUUACUAGUUUGGAAGACGCCUUGGUGGAUCUUGCGCCUAGUGUCGCACAGAGGAUGGAAGAUCACAACCCUGUGGGUGCCAUCCGCAAGAUCCUGGAAAUGGGCGCGUCGUUGAACCAAUUCUUGACGCAAACACAACCCUGGUCCCUGGUAACGUCCGAGAGCCCGGCAGACAGGGCGGCUGCCGAGAAGGUGCUGUUCCUGGCCGCUGAGGGCCUGCGAAUCUCGGGCAUUCUCUUGCAACCGUUCCUCCCCGACAAGGCGUGGCGACUGCUCGACAUCCUUGGCGUGGGCCACGACGCCCGAACCUUUUCUCAUGCCGUCCUGCGCUGUGAUUCGAAAUACGGCGUCCCCAUGGCGCCGACGGGAAGCGGCCGCGCCGAUGGCCUUUUCCCUCCCCUGAUCGAGGACAUGGAUGUGAACUUUGGCGGAUCUGGCAAGAACAAGAAGACGGCUAAGAACCAGCCUCCGCCGCCUGCUUAGGGCACUUUGGAGCCAUGAACAGCAUGCCUCUGCCCUCUCGGAGCAUGAGUGCAGGGACGCGGAGCUUUGGGCCUGUGAGAAACGAAUGUACGACUAGGAGACGUGCUGUACACGUGAAAGAUCUCUCUUAAGAGGCUUGAGAUGCCCUGUACCUAUAGUGUAGAAUACUGGACAACUGGAUUGGAUGGAACCAAGGGUUGGUUAGAGGGCACGGUACUCGAUUGUAGCAUAACCCCGGGAAUAUGAUAUUCUUUUGCUCAAGCCGAAAACUAGUAGAAAAUGGGG